AUGUCGGCCACGGCUGCCCAGCAGACUCCUGCGGUCCCCCCGCGCCCGUCUAGGGGUCAGGAUAAGGACCAGAUGCCCAAGAUUCCGCCUCGGCCCAUCAAGAACCGCAUCGAGCGCUCCCUCUCCCCCAACCCCGACCGCUUCGCUCCCUCCCCCCUCAACGACGAGUUCCUCAACAAGAGCCCUCGCUCCAAACACCUGAGUCCCACGAAGCUCGCCUUCCCCUCAGACCCUAUCGACCGUGCCGCCUCUGUCGAGAUGCCCUCCGUCGGAGAAGAAGGCAUGGAGUACGCCGUCGUGGCUGAGGAGCUGAACCAGUCGCGCCGCCAGAGCACCUCGCCCGAGCAGACCCGCACCGUCGGCGAGGACAUCAAGCUGCACGCCCCCAAGCCAUCUCUGCCGGCCGUCAGCGCCAAGCAGCGCGUCGCCGCCGUCACCCGCACCGACAGCGACCGUGCCGCCAGCUUCGGCAUCGGUCGCCCCAGCAGCGAUGAGGUGACCCCUUCGAACCGCAGCCUCAAGAAGAAGGCUAGUACGGCUAGCCAGCUGUCCACUACCGAGAGCCACACCGAAGAGGAGCACGGCAUCCCCGAGAUCGGCCAGCAAGUGCCCAUGUACCGCGACGCCGGCGAUGUCCAGGCCCCGUCCCCUGCGCCUGGCAGCGAGCCCCCGAAGAAGCAUCAUGCAAGGAAAACAAGUGCGCGCGGCCUCCCCCCAGGUAGCUACGGCUUACACGGCCACGGCGUGGUGUCCAACGACAAGCUGGACAAGAUGUACUAUCAAAAGCACCCCGACGAGCUCAAGAAGGAACGCCACAGUCAUCACCACGACCGUCCCAAUGACUUCUCCAUGAGCAGCGAUGAUCUGAACAAGAUAGUGCGAGACACGCAUGGCCGCGGACUGGGUCUUGGGACUCGUGAUCUUGCCGGCACGCCCAGCGAGCAGAUCGGAUGGCAGGCGAUAGAGGAGUCCACUUCGCGUCUCAAUUCGCCCCAUCCGGCUUCCGCUGAACUGGCCAGGCCCGCCAAGACCAAGCGGUCUGCCUCGGACAGUGGCAAUGGCGUGAUCCACGUCGAGGAGCCUAGCAGGAGAAGAAGUGUCAUGUUUAGUGACGGCGAGACCGCCGGCGUCGACGACUUCCAGGGCCGGGCCGAGACCCCAAUCUUAGCCGCCGAUGAGGUUGCAAAGGAUCCCCUAGCCUACGAGCACGAGCCUGCUGUUGAGCCGCCCAGGGAACGUCGCGGUAGCGCAUACGAAAUGGAGGAGCCUCAAAGCCGGCCCACUAGCCGCCCGGCCAGCCUGUACAAGGUCCCCUCCUCGGAAAUCCGCUCGACUCCCCUUGAGGAUGUUGUCGAGUACGAGCCCUUGUUCGAGGACGAUAAGGUCAACGCCGAGAAGAAGUCGGCGAGGAAAUCCUUUGAGGAGUACAAGGCGAGGUUUCCCAGCAAGGAUAUCUGGGAGGACGCCCCUAACAGCGUGCACUACACUGCCGAGGUUUCCACGCCUGACAUCCCGGAGGAGAAAGAUGAGGGCGAGGAGCAGAAGACAAUGAGCGAGAAUAUCAUGGACAUCCCUCCCAGGGAAGGAGAGACACCAGCUCAGGCCUUUGCUCGCCACCAGGAGGAGCUGGCCCAGAAGGAGUUCCGGCAGGACCCCGAGGCCUUCCUUCACAGGAAACAAAAGCCUACCUUCGUGCAGCACCACGCCCACUUGGCAAAGCAGGUUAAGUCUGAGCGGCCGUCCAUGUCACAACGUUUCCCGAGUCGGGAUGUCUGGGAGGACACGCCUGACAGUUUGAAGCUGGAGACAACGGUGUCAACGCCCCAGCAGGAGAGCGGCGAUGCUGCUUCGCCGUCGGUUGAGUCCAAGCCUUCGAUUCCUCAGCGUCCCGGUCGCAAAUCCGCUGAGACGACGUCGCCGUCGAGCGACAAGCCCGCCGUUCCCGAGCGGCCGAAUGCCGGUGCCAAGCCCCCCGUCUCGGACCGUCCCAAGCCGCAGAUCCCGCCGCGACCCGUCAAACAGGGCUCCGGCUCUUCAGAUAAGGACGCUGAUGCCGCCCCUCGAUCCAAGCCCGCCGUGCCCGUGCGGCCCAUGGGCUCUAAGAUCGCUGCCCUUCAGGCCGGUUUCAUGUCAGACCUCAACAAGCGCCUGCAGCUCGGGCCGCAAGCGCCCAAGAAGGAAGAGCAGCCUGCGGAAGAGGAACGUGCUGCUCCGGUGGAGGAGAAGGAGAAGGUGCCGCUCUCGGACGCACGUAAGGGGCGCGCCAGGGGUCCGCAGAGGCGGGCGCCGCGGUCGAGCCCUUCACCUGCGGCGGCGCUAUCGGGAGCGUCGGAGCAGAAGACCGCGGCGACGCUGGCUUUCUCUACCACGGUGACGACGUUCAGCAUUAAUCCUGAGGACGGGGGUGUCUCGGUCCCAGUCGGCCGUGCCCCAGUUUCUGAGCCUGCGUCUGCUGUCGAGAAGGAGGAGCCGGUGACCGAGAAGGCGACUACCGCUGCUGCUGUCGCUGAGCAUGAGCUCGAGAAGGCGGCUCCCGAGGAGAAGAGGGCACACCCUGCCCCGGCUGACGUUGUGGCGCACGAGAUCGAGAAGGCACCCGAGGCCGAGGCCCCCGCUGCUGCCUUCGAGAAGACGGAGACGCUGGCGACCAACACGGCUGGCGAGACGCUGCUAGAGACCAAGGUCUCUGAGGAUGCCGAGGACAACAAGAAGACGGUUGAGCCGAAGGAGGUUGAUGAGGUUGUCAAGAACUAA